AUGGAUAACUCUUUCCCCAUCUUAUGUAUUCCUUUCCAUUCUCCUCUGUCUCUGUACUGGACAGGCCGGGCCUGGUUAUACUUGGCGUUGAACGAGAAUUCUUUAGAGAGUUACCUGCGGUUAUUCCAUGAGAAUCAAAGUCUCCUGGAGAAAUAUUACUACAAGUAAGUUGUGAUGAAGUGAUAUUUCUGUCCUGAACCUGAUCAUUCUCUUCCUGCUUUGAUAGAACAUUCUCUCUUUCUCCCAGGAAUGCCCUGGUCUGCAGCCAUGACCAUCUCACCCUCUUCCUCACACUGGUCUCAGGACUGGAAUUUAUAAGAUUUGACCUGGAGCUGGUGCGUUUGCUGAAUAGGAUUGGGAAGGGUUAACUAUUGCUAACAUGUAGAAUUUUAACCCCAUCCAUAUUGGGAUAAUGUACAUGGGGUGUGGGGUACAGUGCAGAUGUCUGAUGUCUGAUGGCGUAUAUGGGGCGAUUCAAGCAGCACAUUUAGACGUCUUGCCCUUUGAAUCUUUUUUUCAGGACGUGCCAUACCUGGAUCUCGCCCCUUACAUGCCCGAUUACUACAAACCGCAUUAUCUCCUGGAUUUUGAGGAUCGGCUGCCCAGCUCCAUGCUUGGUUCAGACAGCCUGUCACUCAACUCAUUCAACUCUAUCAAUUCUGCCAACUUGGAGUGGGAUGACAGCGCCAUUGCUCCGUCCAGUGAGGGUAUGGAAGAACGCUGUAUGUACCUGUAUUUCCUUUUUGGUAAUUGUACUAGGGUCACAAGCAAGCAUUAAAUACUGAUAUUGUACCCCAUGCUCCUCUGCCAGUAUUGACUGGGAAGCGAUUCCUAACAAUAAACUGGAUCGAUGUGGGUAAGGGGGGUCUGUGAAAUAUCUGAUCUGCCAUCGUCAUAUAUCCUGGUACAGACAUUUUUAGAGAUAUGUAAUGUAUCUGGUAACUUGCUGUCAUUCUCCCUUCGUCCUUAAUUUUGUUUCUGAACCAAUUUUUUUUUAUGUUUCUCCUGUGACAUUGCUUUGGCCUAGAAGUUGCAGCCACCCAGUGGCGUGAUGUAUUAGGUCCCCUAGACGGGUGCUCAGCCACCCCUAGCUUCAUUCUAACGAGCUGUUUUGUCCCUGGUCUCUAUAGAUUAUGAUUUUGGAGAUGCUUAUUCUGCAGUGCCGUCCAUACCCAUCACAGAUUGGGAAGGUGGGGACAAGACAACCAUUCUCCUCUGA